AGAAGGCAUGUGACCACCCUCAAAAAUAUUCUCAAGCUACAUGUCAAAGAUAAGGCAUGUGACUAUACUACAUGUCAAAGAGCCUAUAUGCUUAUGUAAAAGUAGAAGUACAAAACAGUCAGAAAUGGCAGCCAACAACCAGCAACAAGCUGAUAAGAGAAUAAUAGGAUUUGAUUGUGAGUUUGUGAAGCCACCACCUUCGGAAUACAUGCAGUCAGAGUGUCCAGUUUGUCUCCAGAUCAUUCGAGAGCCCCACCAGGUCACAUGCUGUGGAAAUAAAUUUUGCAAAGCUUGUAUUGAACACAUCAAAGCUAAUAAAAAGUCGUGCCCAACCUGCAACGAGAAAUUUUCAAGUUUUCCCGACAAAGGUUUGAAACGAUCGCUCUACAGCUUGAAAGUUCGAUGUAGCCACCAGAAAGACGGGUGUGAGUGGACGGGGGAACUGAGACAGCUUGACAAACACCUCAACACAGAUCCACUGCCAGAGAAACGGUUUGAAGGUUGUCAGUUUGUUGAGAUUAAUUGCAUUUGUAAUUGCGGGGACCAACUGCAACGAAGGUACAUUCUAAACCACCAAAUUAAGGAUUGCCCCAAACGUCCAUUCGGUUGUGAGCACUGCCAUGACUACAAGUCUACCUAUGAUGAUGUCUCCAACAACCACUGGCCUGUGUGUGGGUCCUUCCCUGUCCCCUGCCCUAACCAGUGUGGUUCAACUAUCCAACGUCAGAAUAUAGACAGUCAUGUUGCCGAUGAGUGCCCCCUGACCCCCAUCAACUGUGACUUCCACAACGUAUGCUGUGCUGUGAAACUUCCUCGACAAGACAUGCCAGAACACCAGAGAGAGAACCUACUCUCACACAUCUCUCUAUUAGCCACCAGUCAUGCCAAGCAACAAACUGAGACUACACAACAAAGAGAAGAAAUCACCAAGCAACAAGACAAAAUAGCAAACUUGGUAGAUGAAAAUGAUAAACAAAAAAAUUUUUAUAAGACGAACUUAAUUGCACUACAGACCAAAGUUACCACGUUAGAGCAAGAAAAACAAUUGUUGACUACUAAUGCAGGCAAGCAACAAGCUGACAUUGCUAGUUUAGUAGAAGAGAAAAAACAGAUGAAGAUAAAAAUUGCCGAGUUGGCGCAAUUGCUCACGCCCUAUGUUCAGCUUGCACCAUGUACCACCAUACCUCUUGGUCCCCCUGUCCUUACAAUGACCCACUUUCAACAGCACAAGAGAGAUGACGACACUUGGUGCUCUCCUCCAGUCUACACCCACUAUCAGGGCUACAAGAUCUGUCUCUAUGUGUACGCUAACGGCAUAAACACUGCUAAAGGAACACACGUCUCUGUGUACAUGCGCUUGAUGAGAGGAGAGUUUGAUGAUUCUCUGAAAUGGCCGUUUUGUGGUGCUAUUUCAUAUCAACUACUGGACCAGGUCGAUGGCGAGGAUCAUAAAACACACACAACCACCUAUAAUAACAAAACACCUAACAUGUACUGUGCCAGAGUGACAGAGGGAGAGAGGUCAGGAGGGUUUGGAUCCCCAAAGUUUAUUGCUCACACUGAACUGGAGCCCAAGUAUUUACGAAACGACACCCUUCUCUUCCAAAUACACAAAGUAGAACUGAAGUAGUUGCUUAAUUAGGAGAGUGCAUGAUAAUUAUUGAUAAAUGGAUGUGUAUGUACUAGCCAUAAUUUAUCUUUGUACUAUUUAGUUUGUACACAUCAUUAUUGUUUGCUAACAAAUUUACUUGCAAAAUUUAUGGUAUUAGUGUCA